AGACGUCACUGCUCCGCGGGCUGCCGAGUCGAACGCCACCCGCUGGUUCCUCGAGGCGAGGUCGAAGCGCGCGCACGGACGAACUCACAGCCGGGAACACUGCAGAAGCCAUGGCGGACGGCGAGUUGAAGCUGGACGAGCUGCCGGACCCUGGCGGCCGCUACGAGCUGGGCUCCAGGAUCGCCUCGGGGAUGCUCACUGAGGUGUUCCAGGCCGUGGACACCGAAGCAGGAAGGAAGACGGUCGCCGUGAAGGUGGUGCGCCUGGAGAAGGACUCGGCCGAGCGCUGCCGGGAGGAGCUGAGGGUCCUCAAGGACCUGUCGCGCCACGCCAACCUGCCGGACUUCCACGGCGCCUACCUGAGGAAGGGUCGCCGCGCCGAGCCGGACCAGCUCUGGUUCGUGAUGGAGCUGUGCGAGGGAGGACCAGUGACGGACCUGGUGCGACGCCUGCAGACGAAGAACCGGAGGCUCACGGAGGAGCAGAUCGCCUACGUCCUCAAGGAAACAGUGAAGGCGCUCGUCGACUUCCACGAGGCUCACGUGAUGCACCGCGACGUGAAGGGCGGCAACGUGCUGCUGACCAAGGAGGGCGAGGUCAAGCUGGUGGGCUUCCAGCUGGCCAGGAAGCUGCGCAGUGCGCUGGACAAGCGACAGACGUGCAUCGGGUCGCCAUGCUGGAUGGCGCCGGAAGUUGUCACCAGCAACCGGAAGGAGAUCGAGGACGCCGGCUACGACAACAGGGCUGACGUCUGGUCCCUGGGCAUAACCGCCAUCGAGCUGGGGGACGGCAAGGCUCCCUUCCAGGACAUGCACCCCACGAGGGCGCUGUUCCAGAUCGUCCGCAACCCGCCCCCCACCCUCUCCCGGCCGGCCAACUGGUCCCAGCUCUACAACGACUUCAUCUCCGAGUGCUUGGAGAAGAAUCCUGAGCAUCGUCCUUUCGUCGUCGAACUAAUGGAGCACCCUUUCAUAACUUCCGUCCCGGAAAACGAUUAUCACCUGGCGCAGGAGCUGAAGGCGCUCCUGCAGGACGCCGGGCCACCGAGCGACCCGGAGGACCCCAGGCCCGAGUCCUUCGUGCGCGGGCAGCUGCUGCAGACGGGGCCGGGCGCGCCGCUGGAGCCCAUGCGCGUGGAGGACCUGGCGGCGCUCGACGACCCGCGCGAGGACCGCGUGCUGGUGGAGCUGCAGGAGCGGCUGCGGCGCGGCCGCUUCCACACCUUCGUCGGCGACGUGCUCCUCGUGCUCAACCCCAACGAGCAGCACGACGUGUACGGCCCGCGGUUCCACGCCAAAUACCAGUGCAAGUCCCGCAGCGACAACGAGCCGCACGUGUACGCCGUGGCGGACCGCGCCUACCAGGACGCCUUGCACCACGAGGAGCCGCAGCGCAUCCUGCUGGCGGGCGAGAGCCUCUCCGGCAAGACCUUCAACUUCCGCCACCUGCUGCGACACCUCUGCCACCUCGGCAAGGGCGGCGGAGACAUCGGCGAGCGAGUGGAUCGCGCGCUGGACGUGGUGCACGCCCUGGGCAACGCCGCCACGCCACUCAACCCCGACUCCACGCGCCACCUGCUGCAGCUCGAGGUCACCUUCACCUCCACGGGCAAGACCAGCGGCGCCAUCUUCUGGCUGUUCCAGCUGGAGAAGUGGCGCGUCACGUGCUCCGACAGGAGCCAGGCCAACUUCCACGUGUUCUACUACCUGUACGACGCGCUGGAGGCGGACGGCGACCUGGGCAGGUACCGGCUGGCGCCGGGCCGCCGGCAGCGCUACCUGCGGGCUGCAGGGGCUGACGGCGGGGCGGAGUGCGCCGCAGGACCGCGGGAGCUGGAGCGAGGGGAGAACGCGCGCAGGUUCCGCCGGCUGGAGGCCGGGCUGGCGACCCUGGGGCUGGACGAGGAGCAGCGGAACAUCCUGUGGCGGCUGGUGGCCGCCGUGCUGAGCCUGGGCGAGGUGCAGUUCCGCGACUCGGGCGACGGCGCGGCAGAGGUCGCCGACCUCGACGCCGCCGCCAACGCGGCCUGGCUGCUGGGCGUGGACGAGAAGAAGUUCGCGUGGGCGCUCACCAACUACUGCGUGGUGGAGAAGGGCACCGCCGUCAGGCGCCGCCACUCGCCGCCGCAGGCCGAGGAGGCGCGCGACGCCCUGGCCGCCGGCGUCUACUGCCGCCUCGUCGACUGGGUCGUCAACGUCGUCAACCUCAAGCUGUCCUUCACGCGCGCCGUCUUUGGUGAUAAAUAUUCUGUCAGCCUGAUGGACUUGUUCGGGUUCGAGUGCUUCAAGAAGAACAGUCUUGAACAGCUGUUCGUCAACACCAUCAAUGAACAGUUGCAGUACCACUACACUCAACGAAUGUUCGUUUGGGAGAUGCAAGAGCAAGAGGAAGAGGAGAUUCCCCUGCAGACUCUGCAGUUCUACGACAACAAGCCCACCGUGGACGAGCUCAUGUCCAAGCCGAACGGACUCCUGUACCUCCUGGACGAGGCCAGUCGGAGCAGCCGGGGAUCCGAGCUGAUCAUUGAGACGCUGAAGGGCGAGCAGCGGCAGAGCACGCGGCUGCAGGCCAUCGGCCGCCACGACUUCACGGUGGCGCACUACACCGGCAAGGUGACGUACUGCGCGCAGCAGAUGGCCGGGAAGAACCGCGACUUCCUGCCGCCCGAGAUGAUCGAGACGCUGCGGCUGUCCUCGGACCACGUGGUGCAGAAGCUGUUCACCAACCAGCUGUCGCGCACGGGCAACCUCACGCUGACGUCGGAGGAGCGCGGCGCCAUCGCCGGCCAGAACAAGGGUCGCUGGGGCGCGGCGCUGCUCGCCGACAGCCAGGCCAAGCCCCGGAAGUUCAACACAGAGUCGCACGGGGAGUACUCGCAGACCCGCAAGAUGCGCACCGCGGCCGCCACGUUCCGCGGCACGUGCCUGGAGCUGCUGCGGGGCCUCGCGGUGGGCGCCGGCAGCGGGGGCACCCACUUCGUGCGCUGCCUGCGGGUGGACCUGUCGGGCCAGCCGCGGGGCUUCCAGCCCGAGGUGGUGCGCCAGCAGAUCCGGGCCCUGGCCGUCAUCGAGACCGCGCGCGCUCGCCAGAAGGGCUACCCUCACCGCGUGCCGUUCCCCGAGUUCAUCAGGAGGUACAAAUUUCUGGCGUUUGACUUUGAUGAAAAUGUCGACGUGACAAAAGACAACUGCAGACUUCUUCUGAUCCGUCUUAAGAUGGAAGGCUGGGUCAUCGGCAAGAGCAAAGUGUUCCUGAAGUACUACAAUGAAGAAUUUCUCUCCAGGACGUACGAGAGUCAGGUGAAGAAGAUCAUAAAGGUCCAGACCAUGAUGCGAGCCUUCCUGGCCAAGAAGAAUGUUGCUUCCAAAAUGUUGAAGUCCCGCCAGAACACCGUUGACAGUGUCGGCAAGCAGAGCAGUAGAAAGAGCAGUGUCAAGUACACGGAAGAAACAGCAGCGGUCAUGAUACAGAAACAAUUCAGGGGCUUCCGAGCCAGGAAAGAAUAUGGAACGCUCCUCGAACGUAAUUCUGGGAAACUGGACACGAGCACGGCUGCUUUCAUCCAGCAGUUCUGCAAGAAAUGGAAAGCAAAAACAAUAUUCCAGGUCCUGUUGAUGUACAGGGCUGCGCGGUUCCAAGAUUUUGUUUAUUUUUCGCAGCAGGUUCACCUGUACAACCAGAAGGCGGUGACCGGCCUGCAGUCGUCGGACCGUGAGGCAGUGUCCUUGGAGCAGGUGGACCCCGGGGCGAGGGCCUCGCUCGUCAUGCCGCGCAGGAGGCCGAGCGUGUGGAAGCUGCCGUUCCGCCUGGACGACGUGCCCUUCUUCGACACGGCCUACAUGUGCGACCCCCUGUCCGCGCAAGGAAACAAAACUUCUGGAGUUGGGAACGACCAGGAGUCCUGGGAUGCGCCUCUGAGGAGGACCCACUCCAAACCACUGCGGGAUCAUCAUCUUCAAGUGAGAGACAAAGAGGUCCAGACUGGCUUGUCUCCUUGCAACGAAAAUGAUUACCUGAGCACCGUGGACAACUUCAUAGAAGCUCCGUUCAACAGGGACCCGAAACAGAUGGUUCCUGGAAAGCAGACUUUCGCUAACGAGUAUCAGAGAAAAUCCUACGCCAAAAACAUGAACAAAAUGCCAAUUCACCAAGCUGGAAAUAACAGAUUCGACCACAGGGACUUCAACAGCAGCCGAGUUAUUACUAAAGAGAAACAGUCGAACGUGGACUCCAAGCCGUACGUAGGCAGCUUCUACCCGCGGAGCGACUUGCCCCGGCCGUACCAGCGGUCGACCCCGCGGAUCGUUGCAUCGCAGGUCGACAACAGCUACCACCGCGACCUGGAAAACAACGUCACCGACAACUGGAGCUCGCAGAGCUCGGCAAGCCCUUCCGUCAAAGCACCUAACGAAUACGACAGGCAUAAUGUCUCUCCGACAAAAAGAGUGACAGGUGCUGGAAAGAUCAAAAACCCCAUCGAAGAGCUGAAGAUGAAAGGUCGUCAAAUGAGCAACGACUACGAAACAGAUGACCCGCCUUUUAAUUUCCAGGCGAUGCUCAGGAAGACCAACACGACCCGCGCGUCGCUGCGGCGAGGGGGCGCGGAUGUGGCUGGCCGCCCCGUGGUGUACGGCUCCCCCUCCCCCCCGCCCAGCUCGUGGCCGGGCGCGGAGGGGCAGCGGAUCCUGGAGGAGCUGGAGUCCGUGGUGAACGAGGCGGAGGAGGCGGAGGAGGACGAGGACCGGCUGCUGACGACCACCACGGAGCUGGCGCCCGGCAUCGUGGUGCAGGGCCUGGUGGCUGAGCUGUGAGCAGCAUGGCUUCUCGGUCGUCUGGUCGUCUCGUCGGGUCGAACUCAAUAAAGUACUUGCAAAAAGUA